AUGGCGGCAGUCAGCAUCAUCACCGUCAUCAUCAUCGUCAUCAUCGUUGUCAUCGGCGACAUCAACCAGCCUCCUCCCCCCUCGCUUCCACCACACUGCCGACUACCCACACUACCGUACACCCCCCCCCCUCCCUGCUCGGAAGCCGCAGCAUCCGUCGUUCCCGCUCCCAUCGCGCAUGGUCACACGGCAUGA